AUGUUUGUUUUACUAAUCGCGUUCGUGUCGUUCACGUCCGCCCAAGAUAGUCUUCAAGUGAACACCACUGAGGGUACGGUGGAAGGCAGCAGAGCGGCUGACGGAGAUUAUUUGACUUUCUACGAUAUACCAUACGCCGGUCCAACAUCUGGAGAGAACAGAUUCAAGGCUCCUAGUCCGCCAACGAACUACUCUGGAGUGUAUCAUGCCGUCAAUCGGAAUAUUUUGUGCGCCCAGCCCAACACCCGGGGCCUUAUUGGAGUAGAGAACUGUCUGACACUCAGCAUAUACACGAAAAAUACGACCACACCCAAACCGGUUUUCGUUUGGCUCAACGCUGAACAAUACGCCUCCACCACCACACCAGUGUUCAGCUACAAGAAAAUCGUCGAAGAGAACAUAGUUUUCGUGCCUCUGAACUUCCGUCUAUCAAUCUUCGGUUUCAUUUGCCUCGGUGUUCCCGACGCACCAGGCAACGCUGGUCUCAAAGACAUCCUCCAAGGUCUGACCUGGCUGAAAAGCAACAUCGCUGGAUUCGGCGGGGACCCUAACAAUAUUGUGCUUAUUGGUCAUGGUUCGGGCGCAGCGCUAGUAGAUCUGUUGACCAUGUCUCCGAGAUCCAAGAACCUCGUCCACAAAGCUAUUGCACUGAGUGGAUCUGCUCUAUCACCGUGGGCAGUAGCAUAUGAGCCUGUACGCUACGCCGAAGUAUUUGGGGGGGUGUUGGGAAUCACACAGAAAUCUAGAGAGCAAUUAGCGAAACUUCUUCAGACUACGAAUCCAAACGUACUUGCUACAGCGCUAGAAGAAUUCAAAUUCACAAACAACAGUCUCAUAUUCGCGCCUUGCAUCGAGAGUCAAAAUAGUGAUCCUAAUGAGACAAUCAUAACAGAUGCGCCAUUGAACAUUUUGCGUUCCGGGAAUUACAAUCACGUUCCUUACAUCGCCGGUUUCACGACUAGAGAGGGCACGUUGAGGGCUUCCGAAGUUGUCUUUAAUAGAUGGCUCGAGGGUAUGGAAGCGAAUUUCACAAAUUUCCUUCCAGUGGAUUUAGAUACGAACGGAAACGCAACUGCCGUUCAAGAUAUAAAGAGAUUUUACUUUGGCGAUAGAACGAUUGACAUGGGAACCAUCGAGGACUAUUUAGAGUACCAGGGCGAUACACUUAUUUUAUUGGCCGUGAUAAGAACGGCUAGGGAACGGGGAGUAACUUCCACGAGUCCUGUGAGACUAUUAGAAUUCGGCUACAGAGGAACACUGAACUCCGAUUGGCCCUUCAACCAGAUCCCCCUGCACGGAGUGAAGCACGGUGGAUUUCUGAACUACCUCUUCGACUAUGACUUGCGACCUUCAGACGUUCAGGCGAUGAACUCUCUUGUGAGACGUCUAACAAGAUUUGCACACACCGGAGAGCCAGCAAACUCGGCCGCUGCAAAUGUGGUUUGGUCCGCAGUGGACAAAGCCAAUUUGAAUUACCUCUACUACGGAGGAAACGAUGGGACUGGCUCUGUGGCCUACGUCGAAGAAGACAGGGUCAACCCGCACACGACUAGGAUGACAUUCUGGAAUUCGACCUACGAGAGAUAUUACGUUCCGCCAAGACCUGUCUCCGGGGCCAACAGCCUUCUCGGCGUAGCUCUGUUUGUUACGCUAAGUCAACUGUUCUUCUUAAUGUUUUAG